AUGCUCAAGUAUAUGUAAAAUAAUUACAGUAGUGAAAAAUUUAUGUUGAAAACAAUGGAGAAGAAAAGUAACAAUAACAAACAACAUGAUAUAGUAAUAGUUAAAUGAUAGCUAAAAAGAAAUAAAAAGAAUAGUAGUUAAAUGACAGCUAGAACCUUACUAACAUUAACUCCCCCUCCUACUUGCUCUGCAUCAAGCCUAGUGCAAGUAUUGCUGUAACACCACACCCAAGAAGUCAUAACAGAAAAAAUUCAAACACCUGAAGAUGGCUGAUGCCUUUGUGUCAUUUGCAGUUCAAAAGCUGGGUGAUUUUCUCAUACAGGAAGUUUACCUGCGUACAAGUCUCAGAGAGGACGUGCAGUGGCUGCGAAAUGAGUUGCUAUUCAUGCAGUAUUUCAUCAAAGAUGCAGAAGAAAAGCAAAUUGAAGAUCGAAGAGUUCAACAAUGGGUGUUUGAGAUCAACGCUGUUGCUAAUGAUGCUGUCGCUAUAGUUGAGACCUACAACUUUGAGGCUGGUGAAGGUGAUGGAUUUGCUAGUCGUCUCAAGGCUUGUGCUUGUAUCGGUUGGAAGGAGAACAAAUUCUACAAAGCCAGCAAGGAGAUCCAAUCACUCAAGAGACGAAUCAUGGAAAUCUCUCUCAAACGACACACUUAUGGUAUUGCAGAUAGCAAUAAUGCAGGAGGAGGGCCAAGUAAUCGGCCAACCGAUCAGUCUGCCAUGUUAAGAACACGGAGGAGAACUACCUCCUAUAUGGAUGAUCACAUUUUUGUUGGCUUUCAGGAUGUUGUAGAAACAUUGCUAGCUGAACUUCUCAAAGCAGAGCCUCAUCGAAGCGUCAUCUCCAUUUGUGGUAUGGGUGGACUGGGCAAGACCACUCUUGCCAGAAACCUCUACAUCAGUCCUAAUAUAGUCUCUAGCUUCCAAAUACGCGCUUGGGUUUGUGUUUCUCAAGAGUACAACACCAUGGAUCUUCAUAGGAAAAUCAUAGAAUCUAUCCAAGGACGCACUAAGGAAAAUCCAGAUUCGGUGGAUAAGAUUACUGAGUCAGAUCUAGAAAGUCACCUUGUCGAUCUAUUAAAAGAACACAAAUAUCUUGUGGUGGUUGAUGAUGUAUGGCAGAUAGAAGCUUGGGAAAGUCUGAAAAGAGCAUUCCCGGAUAGUGAGAACGGCAGCCGAGUUAUUAUUACCACGCGCAACGAGGAAGUCGCUGUAAGAGCAGUCGACAGAGGUUUUGUCCAUUUUCUUCGUUUUCUACGCCAAGAAGAAAGUUGGGAUCUCUUUUGUAGGAAACUACUUGAUGUUCGAGAAAUGAUCCCAGCAAUGGAAAGCCUAGCUAAAUAUAUGGUGGACAAGUGUCAAGGCUUACCUCUUGCAAUUGUUGUAUUAAGCGGGCUGCUUUCUCAUAAAAGGAGGCUAGAAGAAUGGAAAAGGGUGAAGGCACACCUUUGGCAGAGCUUUAAAUACGACUCUAGUGAAAUCUUCCUCAUACUAUCAUUGAGCUACAAUGAUUUGCCAACUGUGCUCAAACAGUGUUUUCUUUACAUUGGUAUGUUUCCAGAAGAUCAAGAGCUCGAGGCUGAAAACAUAAUGCAGUUGUGGAUGGCUGAGGGUUUCAUACCAAGAGGAGAAGAAGGAAUCGAGGAUGUAGCUGAAGGCUUCUUGAAUGAGUUGAUAAGUCGAAGUUUGGUUCAAGUGGCAGAAACAUUUUGGGAGAAAGUUACUAGAUGUAGGGUUCACGAUCUAAUUCGAGAUCUUGCCAUAAAUAAGGCACUGGAGGCACACGUUUUUGACAUUUAUGAUCCGACAAGACACUCCAUAUCCUCCUUUUGCCUCAGGCAUGCCGUUCAUCGUCAAGCACAAAGGUACCUCUCACUUGAUCUUUGUAACUUGAAGUUACGGUCAGUUAUGUUCUUUGAUCCAGAAUUUAGUGAGCUGGGUAUUAUAAACUUCCGUAAUGUGUUCCAACAUAUAUAUGUGUUGUACUUGGAGGUUCAAUCUGGCACUGAACUACCUGAUUCCAUAGGAAGUUUGUACCAUCUCAAGUUCUUAAGAUUGAGAGGCAUCGAUUAUCUUCCCUCAUCUAUUGGCAAUCUCAAGAAUUUACAGACACUUUGUGUCCUAAAUGAAUUCGGACGCUUAUGCCAUCUACCCCCCAAAACAACUAACCUAAUAAAUUUAAGACGUUUAGUUGCUCCUUAUUCAGAACCUCUGAAACAUAUAAGCAAACUCACGCAUCUUCAAGUUCUUCAAGGCAUCCAUUGUGAUCAGUGGAAUGAUGUUAACCCAGUUGAUUUGAUCAAUCUACGAGAAUUAACCAUGAAUCGUAUUAAGAAAUCUUACUCCCUAAAUCACAUUGGCAGCUUGAAAAGCCUUAGCAUUCUCAUGUUGUACUGUAAAAAUGAUGAAUCAUUCCCAGCCCUCGAAUUUUUAAGUCGUUGUCAAAAGCUCAAGAAAUUGUUUUUACAUGGGAGAAUUGAGAAUCUGCCUCUGUCGGACCCAUUCCCAAAUUCCAUCACAAUGAUGAUCCUUCAGCGCUCUGAACUCACGGAAGAUCCGAUGCCUUUUCUGGGAAUGUUGCCAAACCUAAGGAAUCUUGAAUUAGUAGAAGCGUAUGAAGGAGAAGAAAUUACUUGCAGUGAUAACAGCUUUAGUCAACUGGAGUUCCUUCGGCUUGAUACACUUCUGAACCUAGAAAGAUGGCAUUUAGCCACGAGUUCCAUGCCUCUGAUUAAAGGUCUUGCUAUCGAUUUCUGUCCAAAGCUGAACGAGAUUCCCGAGAGAAUGAAAGAUGCGGUGCUGUUAAAGAGGGGAAGAAGCUGUUAUUGAAGAAGUUAGCAUUGAUGAAGUUAGAGUGCAGAAGCAUUAAUCAGGUUUCUGUCGUUUCGGUGUUUUGUUUUGCUUUUGAUUGUGUGAGAUUUGUUUGAAGAAAAUUGUUUUCGGAGUGUAUGCAAAAAACGAUUUUGUAUUGUUUGAAUGUAAAUUAUUCAUUUGUUA